ACAAUGAACUCAUCGGCCGGUCUACCAGGAAAUAUGAGCUACGCCCUGCAGAUAUUUGAGAGAGACACGUUCACCACUGCCUUCAUGAAGAACCUGAUCAUGGUGCUGGUGUGGUUCAGCCUCAGCUACAUCAACAGCAUCGUGGUGGCCACUUUCUUCAUGAACCGUGUGUUCUACGGGAACCCGCGCUACAUCCUCUUCAUCCACAUGGUCAUCAACGAUGCCAUCCAGCUCACUGUCACCAUCACCCUGUUCGUGCUGAGCUACAUAUUCUAUACCAUUAACGUGUCCUUCUGCUGCUUCUUCAUCCUUGUGGCUGUCUUUACCACCAGGACCUCCCCAGUCAACCUAGCUGGCAUGGCCAUUGAGCGCUACAUCUCCAUCUGCAACCCCCUCCGCCACACUCAGAUCUGCACGGCACGCCGCACCUACACCCUAAUCGGCUUCAUCUGGUUCAUCUGUGUGGUGCCCGACAUCACCGACCUUUUUGUGACCUUGGCCACUGAGUCUUUGAGCUUCUUCCACACACGCGUGUUCUGUCUGAGGCAGAACGUCUUCAAGGACCCCAUUCUGACCUACAAGAGGCAAGCCUUCGACACCAUCUACUUCUCCUGUGUCUUCUUCACCCUGGUCUACACCUACCUCCGGAUCCUGUUCGUUGUCAGGGUUCUGUCCUCAGAGAAGCAGUCUGCCCAGCGGGCCAGGAACACCAUCCUGCUCCACGGAGGGCAGCUCCUCAUGUGCAUGAUGUCCUACACCUCCCCCACCGUGGAGACUGUCUUGCGUUUCCUCUUACCCGGACACAUCCUGGAGAUUCGCUUCGCAAAUUACCUUAUCGUCUAUAUCCUCCCCAGGUUCCUCAGCCCCAUCAUCUAUGGUGUCCGGGACAAGGAGUUCCGGAAGUAUCUGAAAAGGUAUUUUGUUAGUAACCGGUGUAAGGGGAUGUCGCAUCGAGUCAAUCAUAGUGAAGAGGGAGAAAAUAAAGCAGGUUUAAAUAAAAAGUAGUUGGUGUUACAAUUUACAGUAUAUGAUAAAUAUUUAAAAAUAUAAAAUUAAAAGGAAUUGCACUGUAUUGUAAAUAUAUACUUUGUAUUACUUUUUUGUAUAGGAAUAGAAUUAUGAUUUUUGUUAUUUUUCUCUCUUUUCUAAUAAAUUGUUGAAUAAACUAAAUACAUUCAUCAGUGGUACUAUAUCAAUGAGUUUACACUAGAAACACUAGAAAUAAAUAAUGAUUAUUUGAAUUGUGAAAUACUGAUUCAGUACUUCACUUGUUGUUUUUACCAUUGCCCAAUGUGGAAUUUAACAUCUCUCAAGUUCUCUAUGACAGAAAAAACAUUAUAUUUGACCAAGAAGAUUUUGUAAAAAUAAUGUAAGAAAACACAUUAUCCAAAAUUGCGAGUCAACUUGCAAUGCAAGAAAAAUUACAAUAUUGAGGUAGUUUGUUCAAAUUGAAAAUUGCGUAGUCAUUUUUUGGGGGAUGGUUCACUGCUAUUGAUCCCACAACAUAAUAUCUUUGGAUUGUAUCUAUAGAAAAGUUUGGCUCAUUUAAAAUGGCUUUCCCUAAACAAUAUACCGAUACUGUAGUUUUAAAGCCUGAGAGACAAUGCAUAUGAAUGCACAUACAAUUGCCAGUGUGUGGAUAACUACGUAUAGUUACAUCAGCAGCAUAUCACCCUGCACCCCACGGAUGGCUUGGCUCUGAAGCUAAGCAGGGUUGGCUCCUAGAUGGGAUACCAGAAGCUGUUAGAAGGCCAGUAGGAGGGACUCUUUCAUCUGGUCUAAUAAAAUAUCCCAAUGCCCCAGGGCCGUGAUUAGGGACAUUGCCCUGUGUAUGGCGCCGUCUUUCAGAUGGCACGUUAAAACGGGUGUCCUGACUCUGUGGUCAUUAAUGAUCCCAUGGCACUUAUCGUAAGAGUAGGGGCGUUAACCUCGGUGUCCUAGCUAAUUUCCCAAUCUGGCCCUCACACCAUCAUGGCCACCUAAUCAUUCCCAGCUUCCAAUUGGCUCAUUCAUCCCCCUUCCUCUCCCCUGAAACUAUUCCCCAGGUAAUUGCUAUUUAUGAGAAUGUUCUCAGUCAACUUACCUUGUAAAAUAAUGGUUAAAUUAAAUGAAUAACUGCAUGUACAGUGCCUUCAGAAAGUGUUCACACACAUUGAAUUGUUACUUAUCUACACACACAAUACCCCAUAAUGUUAAAGUGGAUUAUUUUUAUUUUUUUAACAAAUUAAUAACAAAAUGAAAAGCUGAAAUGUGUGGAGUCAUUAAGCAUUCAACCCCCUUUUUAUGACACACCGAAAUAACUUCAGAAGUAAACAUUUUCUUAACAAGUCACAUAAAUUGCAUGGACUCAAUGUAUGUGCAA